AUGCCAGUUGAUACUUCAAAGAAUGUCAUUAUGAUUGACAACUACGAUUCCUUCACAUGGAAUUUGUACGAGUAUCUCUCACAAGCGGGGGCUAAUGUCUCUGUCUACCGUAACGAUGCCAUCACACUCUCUGAGAUUGAAUCUAUGAAUCCAGAUACGUUGGUGAUUUCCCCCGGCCCGGGCCAUCCACAGACCGAUUCCGGUAUUUCUAGGGAUGUUAUUGAGUAUUUCAAGGGGAAGAUCCCCAUUUUCGGUGUCUGUAUGGGCCAGCAGUGCAUUUUCGAAGUAUUUGGCGGGUCGGUCCAAUAUGCUGGAGAAAUUGUUCAUGGGAAAACAAGUACCAUCAAACACGACAACAAGGGUAUGUUUAGAAACGUUCCACAAGAUGUUGCAGUUACCAGGUACCAUUCUUUAGCAGGCACCAAAGAUUCUCUACCGGAUUGUCUAGAGGUCACUGCGACUACAGAUAAUGGAAUCAUCAUGGGUGUCAGACAUAAGGAGUAUGUCAUUGAAGGUGUUCAGUUUCAUCCAGAGAGUAUUCUCACUGAGGAAGGCCAUAUGAUGAUGAAGAACAUCCUCAACUAUAGGGGUGGAUACUGGAAGGACAAUGUGAAUGUUUCUAUGGCCAAAUUGGGCGAGACAAUUCUAGAUAGAAUAUACAAACAACGUCGUAUGGACGUUGAAGAGUUGAGUAAGAUUCCAGGUAAGACUUUCAGAGACUUGGAGAUUUACUACGAGUUGGGAAUUGCUCCAAAGGUUAAAGAUUUCCACAAACACAUUGCGAACAACGGCAAAGUUUCGAUUGUCUCUGAAAUCAAGAGAGCAAGUCCAUCGAAGGGCGACAUUCAAAUUGAGGCAAAUGCGGGGAAGCAAGCAUUAAUGUAUGCCAAGGCAGGUGUGCGUGCUAUUUCUGUUUUGACUGAACCACAUUGGUUCAAGGGAUCGAUUGAAGAUUUGCAAGUUGUUCGUAAAGUUGUGGACUCCAUCGAGGACAGACCAUGUGUUCUUCGGAAGGAGUUUAUCUUCAGCAAGUAUCAAAUACUAGAGGCACGCUUAUCCGGUGCAGAUACGGUUCUCUUGAUUGUGAAGAUGCUCACGGAGGACGAGUUGGCGGAACUGGUGCAAUAUUCUAGAAGUUUGGGUAUGGAGCCACUUGUUGAAGUCAACACGGAGGAGGAACUGCAAACUGCACUCAAGUACAAUUCGAGGGUUAUUGGGGUGAAUAAUCGUAACUUGCACACUUUUGACGUUGAUUUGAAGACCACAACAAACGUCUUAUCGGAGCUACCACAAGGUUCGGACGUUUACGUUCUGGCUUUGUCGGGCAUUUCCACCGUGGAGGAUGUGCAAAACUAUACCAAGCAGGGAGUCACUGGGUUCCUCAUUGGCGAGGCAUUGAUGCGUCGUGGUGAAUCUGUGGGCUCUUUCAUCUCGGAACUUCAGGCUUGA